CUUGUAUGGAGAGUGCUGAAAAGCGAAAGUCGAUCCGUGGUUGGAGAAGUCUACGAUAAAUGUGAUCUGUUUUUGCCGUGGGACAAGAAAAAGUCCCAAAAACGUGAAAAAUUCUUUCCUGGCCACUCCCUAGUGGACGUGAUAAGUCUCCACCCCCACCCCACCCUAGGGAAGAGCGGUCGGUGUAUUGGCUUUGCUCGGGUGUGGUCGCCGUGUUUAGCUACCAGAAAUAACAUGGCGUCGAACGAAGAAGGUUCGACGCACACACGUACGAUACAGAAAAGAGCCAAGAAAACUCAAGAUCAGGCUUGUCAGUUUGAUGCCUCUCUUCUUGAAGGUGAGCGAUGUGGCAAAAUUUUCACUGUGUACACGCAGUGUUCCUCGGCCAUAGAAGACAAUGGCUUUGUGAUGCGAUGUCUUUAAUUCACAAACUUAAAUAUUUUCCGUCUUUCCCGUUUUUUCAGAGGAAAGAGGCACCUGUGAAGCUUGCAACCAAAUUUCUGGGUAAGGAAAGUUUGAAUUCUUUAAACUUGAUGCGAAUGUGGACGACAGACACGUCUCUGAAGGAACUAGGAACAUUUAUAUUCUCUUGCUCCCAGCGUUGUGUUGUGUGCCGGCGAAAUUUGCCGAUGCAGGGACCCCGAAGAAGCCCUAAGUGCUUUCGGACAAUUUUUCUGUUUGUUCAAAGCUACAUUUUGCGCAAAUUCGUCCUACCGAUAUUACCAGACGAAAAAACCAUUUCCAUGUAUUCUUUUCUUCGCAAUUUUCAGCCCCAAUAUUGAGGAUAAUUACUUACGACCAUAGUUUUGGGAUAUUUUACAAACAGGAAACGGGGAAUCCUUCAAAUUCCAUGGGGGAAUUCGAUUCGUUUGUACGUAUCGCGGACUGUUACAGCAAUUUCUUUGUGCUUCCUGACCGUCUAGAGAUUAUAUGUCCUCGGAAGGAAAGAAAUCUGCUUUUUCAAUUUAAAGAAGGCCCGCGAAAGCGUAAUCUUUACGCAGCUUUACGUAAUUCUUUGCUUGGUUGAUAUUAGUGCUGCGCAAGUGAGCAUAAUUCUCCUCACGUUUGAAGUUCGAUGAGAAAAAUGUUCAUGAUUUUCAUCUGGAGUAUUUUUUCUGUCUCAGCUACUAUUCUGUUAUAUAGCAACAGAUCUAGAUAAUUUUCCCGUAGGAAAGCAAAAUCAAUCUUACGCGCUCAUCCAAUGUUUUUGAGGUGUAGACACUUCUUGUGGCACCGAAGUUUUUGUAAUUUCUAGCUUUUUUAUUCGCAGAAGGAAGUGGAUUAAAACUUUACUUCUGUCUGAAAAGACGAUCACUUAAGACGCUGUUCGUACCCUAUGUCGCACAGAAUCGACGCAAGUCAUUUCAUUUUUUUUGUUAUAAUAUUUUCCGCAACUUCAAUUCCUUUCGUAUUCCUGAAAGAGGAAGUUGAUUUUUCAUGAACCUGUGACCUGUCUGGGCUGAUAACAGAGAACUUUAUUGUCUUCCAUCAUCACUUGUAUUCUUUUAAGAAAGACUGUUUGAAAAAAUAAUAGGACGACAGAGGAUAUAUUAUAGAUUAGUGGAACACUGUACUUUGUUGAAAUUUGCUGUUUCUGAACCAAACAGAUUCAGUGAGUACACCUUAUGUUCCAGGAAGCUUUCUAAGCUAAUUUCCUAGGAAAAAUUCUUUACCCAGAAUAGCUCUGAGUUUUCUUAACAUUGAAAUCAACCUCUAUUUUUCUGCAGUACACAGUUCACUGUUCCUGAGCUAUAUUUUGAUUUUUUUAGCUAAAAUACCACACCCCAAAGUUUUAAAUGUUUGUACUCCACCCUGCAGAGGAAAGUACAGUUGUCUUCAUGUAAUGGCAUUGAAAUAUCAGAUAGAAUGAGUUUUUUUGUGGUGUAAAAGACCUUCUAAAUUUACAUUGUUCCCAAGAUUUUAGCUUGAAAGUGUUUGUUUUGAAAAACAGUGCAUUUUGAUUCAGGAUUAUAAUACUUAUUUGUGAUGUACAUAUAAAGUAAGGCUCGUCACGUAUGUUAAACAAAAUAUGCCUGUGAGGUGAAGGCUUUUGCGUAGUUGAAAUAUUGGGAGAAGUUUCCAUGUGAAUGUCUAUUUGUGCACCAAAGCCGAGAAUCUGUCACCUGGACAACCGAAGUAUUUAUCCAGAUAUGUAGUUUUUUUGGCGCCACCACAUUAAUUUGUGUACCACAGAGGCUGGUCCACCCACAUUAAUUGUGCAGCGGAAAUUUGUGUGGAAAUUUUGGAAAUUCGGGGGUUAAAUUUUGGGGGCUGAUUUUGGCUGAUUUUUUACCAGCCCUUCUGUGGGGAUGGUAUAGAUAAUUUUCUGGAACCAAACAUUUAUAUGAAAGAGGAAGUUGUAAAGAAGCCUCUCAAGCAUAUGUUAUGGCAAGCUUACAAUGUAAGGGCAAGUUACACAGCUGUCAAGGAAAAGGAUUACAACCCUUAAAAACACAGCACAGCUUAGAAAACUGCACAUUCAAUGAAAUGCUGGGUCCAUCAAGCCAAUUUCGAAAAUAGAACCAAAAGAAAUCCCUAGCUCUUUGAUUCCUGGCCUACUUGUUGAAUUUAUACCCAACAACUUGAAAUGUUAGUAACCACCCUGAUAGGAACAGACACUAUUGUGAAUGCAUGCUGGGUUGUAUGUGCAAAUGUACUAGUGAGUCUUUUUUAAUAAUGUUAGCUUAGUUGACCAAAUGUAUUGUUGCGAUCUGUUGCUCAAUCUUGAUGGACUUACAUGUACUGUCAUGGGCUAUGCAGAAGGAAAGGUUUCUCAUUUGUCCAUGCUCUAAGUGACAACAUAUACAGGGGCAGAUCUAGGGGGAGGGUGCAGGGGGUGCGCACCCCCACCUGAGAUGACCUGCGGUUUUCUAAUACAACUGGUAUUCUACAAAAAAAAAAAAACUUUGUGGUUUAUUGGUGUUGAAGUAGAGCAAGAGACGAGUGCACCCCCUCCUGAAAAACAUCCUGGAUCCGCCCCUGAUAUACACAGAUUUGUUGCCACAUGUGGAAAUUAAGAGUAACUGACUUGUGGUGUGGAGGUUUUUGAUAAGUCAAGCAUUGAGAAAACAACUGUUUUGAAUUAGUUUUUCAUCCUGAAUAUGCUUCAGUGAUGAAUCACUGCAUAUGUUUCUCUUUUCACAUGUUGAGUUUGAAGCUGUUUGAAAAGUGUUUUCCCUUUAACAGGGUGUUGAGUUUUUUAGUGUCAGAAAAUUUAACUUCUUGUCGUUUAAAUAAAUAUUUUUCAACAGCGUACAAAGAAAGUAGUGUCCGAUAGCCCGGGGCUAGUGUAUUUUGCUAACAGGCUAGUGAUUUCUAUUCUUAACUUGCCUGAUGGGCAGAUGAAGGUUUUGGGGGGAAUUCAAAUUACAGAAGAACCGUAACCAUUGCUCAUCAAAAAAUUUUUUUCAGGCUAGUUGAAUUGACUUUUGGGCUAGUACGUGCUAGCUACAGCUUGCCUGAAUGGCAAGCUGUAAAACUGAGUUUCUUAGCACCCUGUUCAACUUAUUAUAGAAGCUAAUUAUAAGGUGAUUUUCACAUUCAAGAAGUUUUGUUCUGGUUCUUCAUGUUUCAGUUUCUGAGAUAUAUUCCUGACAAAGUUAUGUUUUCUGUUCUGUCUUCAUCUUCUUUUACUUUUAUUUUCUAUUGCUUACUAUUUUUCUGAUGAUGGUGAUUAUUAUAACAUUAUCUGCCAUGAUUUAGACUCUGUUUUUGCUAUAUACCUGUAUUCUUGCAACUAUUGCAAGUUGACGCUCUAAGAACAGUUUAUUUUAUUUUCAGUUCUGCAAAUUGUCUUUCCCAACCUCAUGUGAUACAGGUUAGUAUUUUUAUUUUGUUUUGUUGGAAUUCUACAAUGUGCAUGUGUGUGAAGUCAGAGCUGAGAUUACAAAAUCUAAUACUUGGAUUGACACGGCUCUCAAUCCAUCUUUAAACUGUGCUUGGAGGAGUUGAAAGUCAAUACCUGCUGCCCAGAAUUUAUGACAACCUUGCACUUGGUGAUAAAUAAUGGUAACUGAACUAAUUGGAGUGCAAUGUGGUAUGAAAUCAUACGAUUGAUUUCAAAAUCAGUUCAGUUUGGUCUGAAAUCACAAUUUAGAUUUCAGACCAAAAUUGCAUGACAUGAAGUUCAAUUACCACUUUAUUACAGCCACUUUGAAAUCGCAGAAUUCAGUGAGUACCAAUACCUUAUUGGUCAAGUGGGCGGUUUGUUGAAAAGCAGAAACAAAAAGGCUUUUACAUCUCAUUUUGUAUUCAAAACAGAAAUGACACAAUAUAGAGCAAAAAUGGUGCAAUUUAGGACAGAAAUUAUCUGAUUUAGAACAUGAAUGGCGCGAUUUAGAAUAGAUGUGAUUUAGAGCAAAAAAUAGUGUGAUUUGUGAAUUAAGCAGAUUGCAGGGAUCACCAGUGAUUUCAAAUUCCUUAAUUCUAGUCAUAUUUGUCUUGUUAGGCAGUGAUAUCCUAAGGAGAAAUUAUAUGCAGGUCACUGUUGGGGUUUGAAAGGAUUAACACUAUACAUGUAAUGGGUGUUAAAUUUAUUGGAAUAUGGCACUCAGUGAUGUUACUCUGAACUCUCCAUUUGAUUUGCAAAGCAAACCCAAGGAAAAGUUGAUGGAGAGUUUGUAUUUGAUCCUUGGCUAAAAUUUAACCCAAGUGGUUGGUGGCCAGUUGGGAAGUAAAAUACUGCUAUGCAUAAAGAACUGCUAUAAGAAUCAACAGACUCAAAAGCUAGCGAUAAAUUGCAUGUCUGGAUAGUUCAGGAGGGGUUCAAUUUACAGAGUAAGCAAGUAAAAUGUUUUCCUCUUUUUAUCACAGCUUGAUCCAGAUGGGCACAUUGAACGAACUACAGUUAUUCGAGUUGUUACGACAGAUGAUGAUGAAUAUAAGGUGGGUUAACCCUGUCAGCCCUAAUAUCCACAUGCAAAUUCUCCAGACUAAUCACUAUACAUUUCCCUGGAGAAUUCUAAAGUUGAAACAAUUUUUAUAAAAGAUCAAAGCAUUUUUCCUUUAGGGAUGAUACAAUGAAUUCUCAUAACUUUUUCUCUCGAUUAUCUAUUGAAACUGUUAGAGAAAAAUAUCUAUUGAUGUUGGUCACUUUUGAAACUUAAAGUUUUAAUGACACACAAUAGUCAAAUCUGCGUACGUAGUGCUGUCAGAGUGGGGCCUAUGGGUGUUCAUAGGUCAUCAGUCAUUUAAGGUGUGAAGAAAAGGUGCAGAAGUGUGAUUAUCACUUGAAAUUGAUCUUUCAGUCUGUUGCCUUUUGUCAGGUUCGAGAAGCGUCGCCCAGUAGAUAUGGAGGACGUUGUAAUGGCACAGACAACCCACCCACGGUUAUUGUCUCUCCAGGAGAUCACCUAAAAGAAGAAUACAUGAUGGAAGAUGAAGAUUAUGAACACAGAACACACUCGCCUCCUGCUGUACUUUUUGAUGAGUAAGUAGAAGAAAGUUAACUUAAUAACAGGAAGAAAAAACAAUGAACAGGUUGAUGGAUGACAACUUACUACCCAAUAUUAAUUUUCUUUUCUUUUCGGUACCACGUUUUAUGCUUACAGGCCAUCUGAUAUUACACGAUGGUGUGAUUUAGCACAAUUGACCUCAAAUCGCAUCCGAUCGCACAAUUUGCGGAAAUCGCAUAAUUCCUAAAACAAAAAUGCUAAAUUCAAGUAAAGUGAACAAUAAAUUCUAACUUUAAUCAAACACUUUCCUAAUCUUAAUGUAAUCUAAGUUGAUUGACCACCAAAGAAAGCCUUGCAUGACAUCUGAAACCUUCAAUCGCGGUAUCUGGGCAGCCAUUUUGAUUUCAGAGACAAGCAGUGUGGUCAGCAGUGUAGCGGCGUCAUGUAAUAUUAAACAAGUGUCUUUUUUCUUUCUUUCUAUUUUUUUCUUUUUGGGUCAAGAUAAUUGGCCAAAUAAUUUAUCUUGUUUUAAAAUGGAUGUUUUCUUUUUCUUUUGCAUUCAAAUUGCCUGUUAAACAACAUUAAAGUGAAUUUUCUUCUUUGAAACCUGGUAAAACAAUGUUAAUUAGCCCUGAAAAAAUUGCAUAAUUUAUCACAUAAUAGUCCUAUCUUAUCGCACAAUCUACCCUGAAAAUAUCGCCAAUUUCUGAUUUUUUAUUGCACCCUAUCAGAUGGGCUGUACUUAGAGAAUGUGGUGCAGUGUUGUGUGAGAACAGCACUCUUUUGAGUAAAUAUGGUAUCGAACCAGAAGCAUUUGAUUUCCCUGUUUCUGACUGGCCAUUUAUUCAUCCCAAGUUCCCCUUUUCUCUUAGUAAGCUAAACGGCUGACACUGUAUACUGCCAAAAUCUAAAGAAAUUUGUAUGUACAAGUUUGUUCAUGUGUAGAUACAAACUGACCUGUGUGUGCUGGUCACAACACUUUCAAAUGCAUCAAGGUUGCAGUUACAGAAAGGUUUUGGUAACAUUGCUGUGGUGUUCUUGUUUUAGAAGUGAGCCAACUGUCAGCACUGGAAGAGAAAGUAGAAAAACUGAGUAAGUAUCCAACCACCAUUAAAAACCCUGACCCGGGGCUUAAAGGUCAGUUUUCACAUGCAAUUGUCUCUGCAACUUUCAGUGCAUUUUUGUCAUGUUUAAGCUCACAAUUUAUUGGAAUUUUUUAAGCAAUGGAUUAUUCACUGCAUCUGCUUUAGGAGUGGUCAUGAAUAAAUUUUUGUUUUUGUAAAGUGCACACUGGAAUUCAAACAAUAGAAAAAUUCAGUGCAACUGCUUUAUUUAGAUGUGGUUCAUGACUGCUGUACAAGAAGUGUGUACAGGAGGUUAGAAUAUUAUAAUAUUGUUUUUGGUAUCUGCUGCACAAACACUGACUGGUAAAUGCAAAAGUUUGCAUGACGCAAGUGACCUAAAAUUGUAUGACCUUGUGUUCUUAGAACCAAACCCAGCUAGUGGCCUGCAAAUAUUAGGAUUUGUCUCAUUUUAAGGAAGAGCUAUAAUGUUAUUCUAUUAUCAAAUGCAUGGUUCUAGUGAUGGGUUUGCUCUUUUCCAGAAAAACGGAUCAUAUGAAAAGAAGAAGGAUUCACAAAUGUGAUUAUGAAGGCUGUUCUAAAGUUUACACCAAAAGCUCACAUCUUAAAGCGCACAGGCGUACCCACACAGGAGAAAAACCAUACAAGUGCUCCUGGGAGGGCUGUUCAUGGCGAUUCGCACGCUCUGAUGAACUCACUAGACACUACAGAAAACAUACUGGUGCAAAACCUUUUAAAUGCUCACACUGUGACAGAUGCUUUUCAAGGUCGGAUCAUCUGUCACUUCACAUGAAGCGGCACUGAAAAUUUUCUUUUUCAAAUGGCAUUCUGUUAGAAUGACUUGUGAUAAUGGAAGCUCCAGGUAUGGCUUGCCUGGUCAGUCAGCCAAGAAUACCUUUUCCAUUGAGCUAUGUAGGAGAUUGUCAAAACUGCACCAUCAUCAAAUUUUAGUAACUUCAUUUUUACCACUCAAGCAGGAGGUCACAGCACAAGUCAGUGUUAAAGAGAAAGAGCAUCACAUAAGGUCAAGGUCAGCAGAGCAGUGCAUGUGGGAAAUUACUAGCUCCACUCAAGUUUUGUAAGCUGUUGUUAUAUUGCAGUUAUAUUUAAUAGGAGGAAUUGGUUCUGUGGUCACUGCGUGUGUGGAGAUUUUCACUAAGAUUGCCUAGAUAUUUUAGUCUGAUUUAUUAUACUCUACACCUCCAGAGAAAGACUGGAAUUUUGGCUUUUUGCCCCUGGAGUUCACAACUGAAGUGCUGCCAAAGAUGCUGCCAUUGCCAGCAGCAACUAGUCAAGCCUUUUGUUUGGAAGAUUAUCAAAUUAUCUCUUCCAGAAAGAGUUCUUGCCUCAAGAAGCUUCAUUAAAGCUACGCUGAGGUAAUGUAGCAGUUAGCUUUUUUAAUAGGCAAGUGUGAGAAUCAACCUAGAGUUUGAGAAACUGUACAUAAAAUUAUGCUUUAAGUAUUUUUUUUAAUUAUCAUUUUGUUUUGGGUAUUUUUCAUUCUUUGCUUUGGGACUUCACAGUCGUCCUUGUACAGCUUUGGGCUGCCGUGCAUCACUUAAAAUACAUCCAACGAUAAAAUCAAUAUCCAGCUUAUACUUCAGCCUUCCACUCCCAGAGGUUUUUUUAUUCUGUGGAUGAUUCACCAUAGUGUGACCAUUUUAACAGGCAAUGAUAUAUAAGCCAUACAGGGUUGGGUUUGCCAAUCUGCUGCAGGCUAAGCUCUAGAAAUGCCUGGUAGCCCUUGACACCGUUUUUAUGCUCUUGAAUGACAAGAAGAUCUUUUUUCAUAAAUUAUACAUGCUGGCACCCUGUAUUUCACAGGUUUCAAGUGCUUGGCUCCCCUCAUUUUUUCCUAGAGCAGAGCCUUGAGAUGACUUUUUGCCUGGUAUUGCCCGAGUUUCUAAAAUGACAGCUGCUUGAAUAAUGCACCAACAGUCUCAGCACUUGGCUACACAAAGAUCUCCAUUUCUGCAGUUCUGUAACGUGAUCGAGAAAACAGCCAACAUUCUGUGACACUACCACUGGUUUCCCUGCAAACUGACGUCUGAGAAACAAGGGCGAAAAUAACAUACCAAAAUCUGAGAAAUGGCCUUCUGAUUGGUUGUGCUGCUAAGGAAAUGUGGUUCAACUAAUCAGAAGCACUACCCAGAUCUUGGUAUUGACGUCUCAUCAGUAUGGAAUUUCUGCAGUCGUUCCAUAGGUGUCAUUUCACAGGGAAGCCAGUUGGGGCAUCACAAGAUGUCAGUUGCUUUCUCAGGCUCGCAGUUCUGUGGUCUGUAGUACUACAUACUACAUACUUCUGUGUGAUUAUCGUUAAGUUUAAAACAAAUUUGUGGACAUAACUGUGUUGGAACUAUUUCUCCCUUAGCACUUUUUUUAUGUAUAUUUUGUGUACUGGGAGUGGAAGGGAGAAAUGGGUGUGUGGAAAAACGUUUGAAGUGACUGCUGAUUAAAGGUUAGAUUCUCCUUGCAUUUGCCUGUGGGUCAACAGGAGAAUUUAACAUUACAUCAAAAGUCAGUUAGCACCUCAUUCCACACCUCCAUUUGUUCAUGGACUGAAUUAUUGGCCCCAAUGGUGGCCCAAUGCUGUGAUCCUUGUGCUUGUGAAGUUCCACCUUUUUUAAAAAAAAAUACUCAAAUUUUAUUAAGCUUGUGAAUAUACGUUCCAUAAGUGCAUCAGAUAAGAAAAGAGAUCUUUUCCAGUUGCAUACAACACGCGUUGUCAAUAGAAAUUGCAUUCCCGUCCUACAAGUAUUAUUACUUUCAAGCAAUUUUAAAUUGAAACUAUAGGUUUAUAAAUAUUUACCAUUUGUUCAGAGAAGGGAGUUGAUUGCAUUUAAGUUGUUGUAAUGAGUGUAAAUAACUUAUCUUGUAGUUAACAAUAGAUGGAAUAUUAAUUGAAAGCAUGUGGAAUAAUAUUAUUGUUUCUUAGAUUUGCAUUUUGCAGGUUAUUUCCAUGCUUUGCAAAAACAUGUUACUCAACCCCAAAAAAGGUUAAGAAAGAAGAAUUGUGCAAAAAAUAUUUGUUGGUGUUUUCGAAUCGUUGGUGAAUUUUAAAUGCUGAGUCAUAGUUAGUAGAGUGGAACGGUCAUGAAGCCUAUCUGACGCCUUUGUUAUAUGUUUUUGUGGACUUGAAGGUGCACAAAAUUCUGCAUUCCUAUUAUUUUGAUCUUAUUGACCAAUAAAAACGCUGCUUUAAUUCAUUCCAUUACAAUUUGUGGGCAAAAGACAAAGUAUUAAGCACCAUUGCGGGGAGCUUCCAUCAUGAACUCCAGCACUAUCUUAUCUUUGAUGUCUGCAGCCUUUCAUAGUAUCUUCUACUAACUAUGACUUAAUCAAGUGGAGAAUAAUAAAUUGUUAAAAAUAUGCGUAGCAGUUAAACUACUGACAAACUUAGGGCCAGCUUUUUAAAUGCGUUUUGCAGUUUAUUUGAAUGAAAGUUUCAACAUUAAUGUACAGUACCUGGUGGUGCACCAGUGGUUUAGGAGUUACGAUAAUUUAGCAAGUGACUGAUGGCCACGUUUCUGCAUUUUUUGUCUUGCGCUGCUGUUGUAUUUCUGAAGGAAUGAAUGCAAUUAUUACAUAAUAUUUAAUUUCUAAGCUUGGAUCAGAAACAGACAUACGGUAAAGCUUUACUUAAUCCUUGAGACGCUUUGAAACUAACACAACUUACUAAUAACUAGCCGUGAUUGCAGUUCGUAGCGUUUUUGACAUGAAAUCGAGGUGAAAGAGGAUUACAUCAUAAAUCUGUUAACCUUGUUUCCAUGCCGUUUUAAAACAAGAAAAUUAACUGCAGGCCUAACUGUAGGAUAGCUACAGUGUACAUUGAAGAUAUGUUUAGUGUUUUUUUAGUCCAAGAAACGAGAGGAUGUGUGACCUCCAAGUUAAACGUUUCUGCUGAUUGGUUGCAAGUUCCAACCAAUUAUAGCUGCUUAAAAGUUCUGACAUGAUGUAGAAUAGUUGUCGAUCAGACAUUCUUUCGCCAAACUACAAUUCGAAAACAAAUUAAUGUAGCGGUUAGUUUCUAAAGAAAUGUAGAGUGGCGUCGGUGGGGGCGUGAAAUUCAAAGAGUUGCUUUCAUCAACUGAGUUGUUGAAGAUAGAGGAGGUGACGAUUGCUCUAACGGAGGGCUAGCACUCGAGACGUUAGCUUCUCUAUCUCCCUACCGUGACCAAUCUACCGCAUCAACUCGUUUGGUCAAACCAAAUCUUACUAUACAAAAACUACUGUUAAGUGAUGGUCCAGAUAAGAAGGAAAGAACCAAAGGCAAUGAACACGUCGGAGUGCAAAGGUGCUAUCUAUUGUCUCUGCUACACUUAUGAUUGGUUUAAACAUCAAUUUUUACGAAAUCUUCGAAGCAUGUAUAUUAAUCCCUUGUUUUCUAAGCAACUUUCUUAUAACAAAAUCUCUUCUGCACCUGAGUAACACAGACUCUUCUUGGCUAUUGUUUUCAACUCUUGCGAUUGGUUGAAAUCUUUAAACACAAAAAAAACAUCCUUUAAAAAUGGAGUUAAAAUACAUUUUAUGUCGUAGACUGACUUUUUGUAGGUUUACGCAUUCUCUGUGGAAACAUGAAAACAUUCCUAUACGUGAGGAAAGUGUAUUUCGCUAUAGCAAAAGAAAUUGCUCCCCUUCUCACCAGGAUCAUUACUUAA